UAAACAAGUUCGAUUUUCCUUAAAGCAGGCAGUCGAGCGCGGUCCGUCGACGCGCCACCCGCCAUCUUGAACGACAUUAAAAUCUAGUCAAAACAUUUACUUUUAACUGACAUGAGGUACUCAUUAAUCUUGGCGCUGCUGUGCCUGUCUUGGACGAGAGGUCAGAACAUUACCGAUGAGGAGAGGAAGCGUCUAGAGGCUCUCUUCGGGACUGAUGACAAAGAUGGCGACUUUGACCUCACGCCAGGCAAAGGCUUGCAAUUUUCCGGAACCGCUCCUAAAACAAUAAGGUAUAUUUCUCCAGUGCCUUCCACACCGUCCAGAGGGCCGGAAAUCAGUCCAGCUGAGAGGGAGCGUCUGGAAGCCUUAUAUGGCAAGCCGGACACUACCAAUGACAACUCCACGGAUUGUGAGACGAAGGAUGGUAAGGCGGGCGUCUGCGUGCUCCACUACCAAUGCAACCCGGAGAUAGGUACCGUCAACACGGAUGGAAACUCUAUAAUUGACAUAAGACAACGCGAAUGCCCCCACUACCUGGAGGUGUGCUGUCUCUUGGACCAGAAGCAGGACAAGCCCCCUCCCCCCGUGGUGGAGCAGAUGGAGUGCGGAUGGAGUAACCCUGGCGCGCAGGCCUUCCGUAUCGUCAACGACGGGACCUCGGCCGAGUUCGGGGAGUACCCGUGGAUGGUCGCCAUACUCAAGCGGUCUGAUGGCAACAUGGCGUGGUCUCAGAGCGACUACAUGGGUGGCGGCUCAAUCAUCCAUCCGCAGGUCGUGCUAACGGGGGCUCAUAAAGUUGACGGGAAAGAGGCCAAUGAGGUAAAAUGUCGUGCUGGCGAAUGGGACACGCAGACGCAGAAGGAGAUCUACCCUCACCAGGAGCGCAACGUUAAGAAGAUCGUCAAGCAUCCCGAUUAUUACAGACCGUCAGUAUACAACAGCGUUGCUCUCCUAAUCCUGGAAUCGCCGUACACGCUGGGCAACGCGCCUCACAUCGGCGUAGCCUGUCUCGCCCCGCACACCCCGCCCGCUGGCGCCCGCUGUCAGAGCAUGGGCUGGGGCAAGGAGUUCAACGACAAGGACAAAUAUGCUGUGGUGCUCAAGAAGGUGGAACUCCCUUGGGUCCCUCGCGACAAAUGCCAGAAGGAGCUGAGAAAGACUCGCCUUGGCUCGCACUUCGUGCUGCACCCCUCGCUAACGUGCGCGGGGGGUGAGGCGGGCAAGGACACCUGCGGGGGCGACGGAGGGUCGUCCCUCGUGUGCCCCAUAGGAAACGUGGAUCCGAAGCAGGACUCCCUCCGUCUCGCGAUCUACGGCAUGGUGGCGUGGGGCAUCGGCUGCGGCGACGCCGUGCCCGGCGUCUACGUCAACGUGCCCCAGUUCUACGAUUGGAUUGGAGAGAAAAUGGCUGCUGAGGGCUUUACCACCGACUCGUACACCUUUAAGUUAUAUUUGUUGUGUGAGGUUGAGAACACAAAGAUGUACAAAUUCCUCUCAACCCUUGUGUUUCUGGGUCUCCUGGCAUUAUCAUUCGCGCAAGGAGGUGAUCUGGACUCCAUCACCAAACAGAUCAACACUGGACAGAAUCGCAAGGGUUGCGGCUGGCGCAACCCCGACGGGCUUGGCUCCCAUGUAACCGCCGCCGAUGAAGCCAAGUUCGGCGAAUUCCCCUGGACGGUUACCAUCUUCAAGAUCGAACCACUAAACAACAAGUCGAACAGUGAAAAACACAACGUGUACGUCGGCGGCGGCUCUCUCAUCCAUCCGAGUGUGGUGCUCACCGCGGCACACCACGCGUCCAGUAGCAGCAAGUUACGCGUGCGCGCCGGCGAGUGGGAUACACAGACCGACAACGAGCUGUAUCCACACCAGGACCGCGAUGUUAAGGAGGUGGUCGUGCACAAGGACUUUAACAAAGGCAAUCUGUUCUACGACAUUGGGCUCCUCUUCCUAUCAUCGCCUGUGGACCUGGCUCCAAACGUAGGCGUUGCGUGUCUGCCCAGCGUGGGCGCGCGCGCCGCCGCCGGCAAUCGCUGCCUGGCGAGUGGGUGGGGCAAGGAUUUCGGAAAGGGAAAUUACCGGCCUGUAAUGAAACGGGCGGAGGUUCCAGUCGUAGACCGAGCUCGCUGCCAACAGGAGUUACGUAAGACCCGUCUUGGCGACAUCUUCGAGCUGCACAGCUCCUUCAUGUGCGCGGGCGGCGAGGCCGGCGCCGACACGUGCAAGAUCGACUCCGGCGCGCCCCUCGUCUGCCCUGCUCAGUACGAGCAGAAUCGCUACAUCCAGCACGGUAUUGUGGCGUGGGGCAUCGGCUGCGACGAACAAACGCCGGCGGCGUACGUCGACGUCGGGCAUCUCCGGGCGUGGAUAGACGACAAGGUCCGCGGCCACGGAUACGACCAGAGUGUUUAUACGUACCUCGAUUAGAAUCAGAUAUUUGUAAUGGGGGUGAUUUUUUAAAAUCCCCUUUCUGUUUUUUUAGGAGAAACGGUGAGUCUAUGUAAAGUUUAUUAAAAGGAAGCAAAUUAAAUCAAUUUGUCACCGUUAA